AUGGCUUCAACAGUGAUUGUUGGAGGUGGAAUAAUCGGUAUCGCGACAGCCUACUAUCUAUCCGAGCAUCAACCCGGUUCACCGAUCCACCUCGUUGACUCAUCCGCUCAACUAUUCACCUCGGCGUCAGGCUACGCCGGUGGCUUUCUUGCCAGGGACUGGUUUCAUAAAGAUCUUGCGUCUUUAGGAGCACUCAGCUUUGACGAACAUGAACGGCUAGCUGAGCAGUACGGUGGGCGCGAGAAGUGGCUGUAUGCAAAGUCUGUCACUGUGAAUUAUGAGCUACCGAGAAGGAAACCCAAAAGCUUCGCAGGAAAGGACUGGUUAAGUGAAGGUGGAAGUCGUACGGAUUUAGUAGAUGAGAGAGGCGAAGUGAAGGAUAGGAAUAGUCCGCCUUGGCUCAAACGUGUGAAGGGUGAUGCUCUUAGUUUGGUUGACAAUGGUGAAGGCACAGCCGUUCUUGAUCCAUUGAGACUUUGUCAAUUUCUUCUUGAAAAGUGUCGGGAAGCAGGUGUCAGGAUACAUACUCCUGCUAUCGUCCGACACAUAGGCGCUGACUGCCACGACGAGUUGUCAAUCGACUAUACCAGCUACCAGGAUACUUAUACAUUCUCCCCCGAGAUUUACGCUCGACCAAACGGCGAUAUAUGGCUCGGCGGCUUGAACGCAUCAAUACGACUACCGCCGUUGGCAACAGGUGCAAAACCUAUAGACUCAUCGAUCGAAAAGCUGAAGGACCUGGCGAAGCAGGUAAUUGAUACCCAAGGCGAGGAGCUAGAGAUAAUACGCACGGGGUUGUGCUUUCGACCUGUGUCGGAGAGAGGAACACCGUAUAUUACGCGGAUAGAGGACGUAGAUCUACGGCAAGGUUAUACCACGCGGAAAGGAAGUAUUGGCGGCGUUUAUGUUGCGACGGGGCAUGGGCCGUGGGGAAUCAGUUUGUCAUUGGGUACAGGGAAAGUUAUGGCUGAGAUGAUGCAGGGGAGAGAGUUGAGUGCUGAUAUAAAAAUCAUACAUCUUCUUGAUCAUAUGAACUUCUGA